AUGGACCGCUUUCCGCUCUUCGGCUAUAUUCUAAAGCAAAUCAUCCCGAUCAGGCUCCGGCAUGAUGAGGUUCCGUAUGAUGGAGGAGGAUUCCACAAAUUCGGGGAACGCGCAGGCUUUGACUUCAGAGAACUCGGGGAGGGUCUCUUCCUCGGAAACCAUUCCCUCCUUAAGCGGCAGCCAUUGUCUGUGUAUGCCUCCCUCAUACAGUCUUGGUUUUACUGGGGGUCGUUACACGAAUGCCUUCUUCAGUGCAACACGGUUGAAAUUGAGGAUUAUCGUGAACAACAGAAGGGACCAGAUGAAGACUGUCGCGUGCUAAUAACGACGAAAUUUCUAGAGCGCGAUUUGGUUGCUACCGCGCAGAGGCUGCAAGCCGCAGAUCCAGCUGGCCCCCCGACGCAUAUCAAAUACGCAAACGAUGUUCUCGUAAGCAGUCGCUUCCUUCUUAGAGGGCCGUCUGGUCAAAAUUGA